UUUCAUCGCAGAAAGAUGUUGGUAUGAGAACUGGCAAAUAUUCUGGACAAAGAGAUUUUACCAUGACUCACAAGGACUUGGAGGUGAAAGAGAGUCUGGAGGAGAGGUGUAACCGGAUUCUGAGGAACAUGGAGGCCUCCCUCACCGCUCGCGAUCGGGUGGGCAUUCAGGAUUUCGUUCUCUUGGACGCAUACACAAGUGAGAGUGCCUUUCUGGACAACCUGAGGAAACGCUUCCAUGAGAAUCUGAUCUACACCUACAUUGGGACACUCCUGGUGUCAGUCAAUCCAUAUAAAGACCUUGACAACUACAGCAAGAAGCAAAUGGAUACUUAUAUGGGAGUGAACUUCUUUGAACUGCCUCCUCACAUUUAUGCACUGGCGGACAAUGUCUUUCGCACCAUGCUGUCUGAGUUCAACAACCACUUCAUCCUGAUCUCUGGAGAGAGUGGGGCUGGCAAAACCGAGGCCUCCAAGAAAAUCCUUCAGUUCUAUGCUGUCAGCUGUCCAAGUACCAAACUGCUGAACAACAUCAGAGACAGACUGCUGCUCUCCAACCCAGUGCUUGAGGCUUUUGGAAAUGCCAAAACCCUAAAGAAUGACAACUCAAGCCGCUUUGGAAAAUACAUGGACAUCCAGUUUGACCACCAGGGUGGAGCAGUUGGAGGUCACAUUCUCAGCUACCUUCUCGAGAAGUCCCGUGUGGUCCAUCAGAACCACGGAGAGAGGAACUUUCAUAUCUUCUAUCAGCUGGUGGAGGGUGGGGAGGAGGAGCUCCUGCGGUGGCUGGGCCUGGACCGGAACUGCCAGCGCUACAAAUACCUGGUCCAGGGUGACUGUGCCAAAGUUAGCUCUAUAAAUGAUAGAGCUGACUGGAAGACAGUACGGAAAGCUCUUUCUGUCAUUGAGUUUGGAGAAAGUGACAUUGAGCAACUCUUUGGAAUCAUCGCCAGCGUACUUCACCUGGGAAAUAUGAGGUUUGAGGCAGAUGCUCGAGGAUACGCGAGCCUCCACAACAACAACCAGGAGAUCCACUGGCUAUCGAAGCUGCUGGGGAUUCCCACUCAGGUGCUACAGCAAGGUUUGACUCAUCGGAAGAUUGAAGCCAAAGCAGAAGAGGUGUUAAGUCCCUUCUCGGUGGAUCACGCGGUCUACGCCAGAGAUGCUCUUGCCAAAGCCAUCUAUGGCCGCACCUUCAACUGGCUUGUCAACAAGGUCAAUGAGUCGUUGGCAAACAAGGAUUCUUCCAGGAAAACGGUCAUCGGUCUGCUGGACAUCUAUGGGUUUGAGGUCUUCAACGUAAACAGCUUCGAGCAGUUCUGCAUCAAUUACUGCAAUGAGAAGCUGCAGCAGCUUUUCAUCCAGCUGACCCUGAAGUCUGAGCAAGAGGAGUAUGAGAUGGAAGGGAUCGAGUGGGAACCAGUGCCAUAUUUCAACAACAAAAUCAUCUGUGAUCUUGUGGAAGAGAAACACCGAGGAAUCAUCUCUUUGCUGGACGAGGAAUGUUUACGUCCCGGAGAGGCCACGGAUCUCACUUUACUGGAAAAGAUGGAGGAAAAGAUUGGUGGCCAUCCUCAUUUUAUUACACACAAACUUGCUGAUCAGAAAACAAGGAAAACUCUGGAGCGAGGAGAUUUCCGACUGCUGCACUAUGCCGGAGAGGUCACCUACUGUGUUGUAGGAUUCCUGGACAAAAACAAUGAUCUCCUGUACAGAAAUGGUAAAGAGGUCAUGAGACAGUCCAAAAACCCCAUCGUCCAACAUUGUUUCCCAUCCACGGAGCCAGACAGCAAGAAGCGGCCUGAAACUGUGGUGACUCAGUUCAAGAGCAGUCUUGUGGGUUUGACAGACAUUUUAAUGACCAAAGAGCCGUGGUAUGUUCGCUGCAUCAAACCCAAUGAAGCCAAACAACCAGGGCGCUUCGAUGAUGUGCUGGUGAGGCAUCAGGUGAAGUACCUGGGAUUGAUGGAACACCUCAGGGUCAGAAGAGCCGGCUUUGCAUAUCGCCGCAGAUAUGAGUUCUUCCUCCAGAGGUACAAGCCUCUCUGUCCAGAUACAUGGCCCAACUGGAAGGGCACGGCAGCUGAAGGGGUGAAGUGUCUGAUCAAGCAUCUGGGGUACAAGCCCGAUGAGUACAAGAUGGGCAGAACCAAAAUCUUCAUUCGCCAUCCAAGAACUCUUUUUGCGACUGAGGAUGCCUUUCAAGUCUGCAAACAUCAACUGGCAACAAGGAUUCAGGCCAAGUACAAAGGCUACAGAGUGAAAGAAGACUUCCAUAAGCAGAAAGAAGCCGCUACUAAAAUUGAGAACUGCUGGAGAGGCAUCAUGGCCAGAAAAGAGCGCGAGAAAAGAGCAUGGGCUGUCAAAGUCAUCAAGAAGUUUAUCAAAGGUUUCAUGACCAGAAAUCAGCCUGGGUGUGUCGAAAACAUGGAAUACCUGAUGUACGUGAGACAGAACUACCUGGCUCGGUUAAAGGACAAUCUUCCACAGACAGUGCUGGAAAUGGACUCGUGGCUGACUCCACCGCCGAUCGUGCAAGAGGCAUCCACUCUGCUGAAGAGGCUGUAUGUGCGGCACCUGGCACAGAAGUACGUCAGAGAGAUAUCACCACAGAGAAAAGCUCAGCUGCACUUGAAGCUCCAGACCAGCGCCAUGUUCAAAGGAAAGAAGGAGAACUAUCCUCUCAGUGUGUGCAGCCCUUUUGUGGACACCAGAAUAGGUGCCGAGGACAUAAACAUCAAAGUGCUUCAGAUGAUUCGUCACAAGAACAUCAAGUACAGUGUUCCAGUGGUGAAGUAUGACAGGAAGGGCUUCAGGCCUCGUGUGAGGCAACUCAUCUUCACCCACGAUGCUGCCUAUCUGGUCGAAGAAGCCAAAAUCAAACAGCGGAUAGAUUACACCUCGAUGCAAGGUGUGUCUGUGAGCAACUUGAAUGACAACUUCUUGAUCCUUCAUGUGUCAUGUGAGGACAACAAGCAAAAGGGGGAUCUGGUUCUGCAGUGCGAGUACCUGUUCGAGGCCUUGACUAAACUCUGUUAUAUUGCCAACAAGCAGAACUUCAUCACCGUGGUCCAGGGCAGUGCGCGCUUCGACAUCGAACCAGGAAGAGAAGGCUUUGUGGACUUUAAGAGUGGGCAGGAGUCUGUGGUCUACAGGGCAAAGAACGGCCAUUUAACAGUGGAAUCAAGAAGAGCCAAGUCCAGAUAAUCAUGGCUGACAAGAACCACUUUCGUUGAUCUGUGACUUUACAAUUUAGUGUGUUCUACAUUGUUUUAUACAACACUGCCAACAAAACAGUGUGAAUGUGAGUUCUCACUUCUUCCCGGAUAUAUUCAGGAGGCUCUAUCCAUGCACUGAUCUUCUCCGACUAAAAGCACUUGUUUUGAAUAAAAUCAAAUGAAAACAUGUUCCAGAUUCAGAGCCACAACAUUGUACUUGAAAACUCUUCAACCAUGUCCCAUUACGAGCCUGUACUAAAUGUGUGACUAGCUUUUGAAAGGACUGUGAGAACAUGACAGUAUCUGCCUUUUUUCUUUACCUGCGGUAGCUUCAGAUCAAUCCCAUAUAUGUGCAAGUUAAA